CAUCUCACAUGCUAUGGUAGUCCCAUUCGUGUACAACCUCUUUUUAGCGUUCUCCACACAAACCCCGAAGCGGCAAAGCGCCAAAAGCCUCCAAUUUCUUGCGCUCUCGCUCCCCGAUUCUUCCUCCGUUUUCGAUGCAUUCUGCCCCCAAUCGUUCGCAUGGAUUCUGUUGUUAUAAAUUUGCCUCCACCACCCUCUAGAUUCUUAUCCUCACACAAGCCCAAAACGUUUGGAGUAUCAUCCAUCACCGCGAAUCACCAAAACCCCUACUUACAAUGCGGAAAUCACACCUCAAACCGAAAACCCUUUUUGCUUCUUGUCCCGAUUUUGAAGAAUCUGGAGGAUUUCGCGUCGAAAGCGUCGAAAAACAGCUGGAUUUCGCCGGCGCUUCAAGCUGGCGCCGGCGGAACUCCGGGGGAGGAAUUCAGUGAAAGCUUGUUGCAGAGUGGGGGCUUUGGAAUGGCUUUGCUGAGCAUAACGGCGACGGCGGGGGUCAAAAUUAGUCCGUUCGUAGCUACGCUAGCGGCCAACCCGACAUUUCUUUCCGGGCUUCUUGCGUGGUUCGUGGCGCAGUCCACUAAGGUUUUCCUGAAUUUCUGUGUGGAGAGAAAAUGGGAUUUUAGGAUCAUGUGUGCCUCUGGUGGGAUGCCUUCUUCGCACUCGGCUCUGUGCACCGCAUUGACGGCUUCGGUAGCGCUUUGCCACGGAGUAGCUGACUCUUUGUUCCCGGUUUGUUUGGGUUUUAGCUUGAUUGUAAUGUACGAUGCUAUCGGUGUUCGACGCCAUGCCGGGAUGCAAGCGCAGGUUCUAAAUUUGAUUGUUGAGGAUUUAUUCAAAUGGCAUCCUAUCAGUCAAAGAAAGCUUAAGGAACUGCUUGGGCACACCCCAUCCCAGGUCAUUGCUGGAGCUGUGCUUGGUGUUUUGGUUGCUUGUAUAUGCUGUCAAGCAUGCUCUAUUGCAAUAUGAUGUGUAUUUUAUAUGUAUGUAUCAUGAUGGUUUAGCUUUUAAAGGUUAACCAGCGAAACUAUGCAAAUGGGGGACAAUGAUAUAUAGUGUAUUCUUUCAAAAGAUAUUCAUGGUACAUACUACAUAGCACACAUCUAUUUAGUGGUA